AUGCCCUAUACACCGUCUGGCUUUUUCUGUGACCGGUUGAUCCGGGAACGAGAGCGGAGGGACGGGGAAGGGUCCCUGAACAAGCCGCUCCGCUUCAACGGACAGGACUUCAACUCGCUGAGGCAGGAGUGUCUUCAGGGGAAGUCCCAGUUCGAGGAUGAGUCUUUCCCGGCCACCGUGGAGUCGCUGGGCUUCAAGGAGCUCGGACACAAGUCCAACAAGGUCAAGAACAUCGUCUGGAAGAGGCCCAAGGAAAUCUGUGAGAACCCUCAGUUCAUUGUUGGAGGAGCCAGUAGGACAGACAUCUGCCAGGGAGAUCUGGGUGACUGCUGGUUGCUGGCUGCCAUCGCCUGUCUCACCUUGAAUGAGAAGCUUCUCUACCGCGUCGUUCCUCAGGAGCAGAGCUUCUCCGAGGGCUAUGGAGGCAUCUUCCACUUCCAGUUCUGGCGUUAUGGCGACUGGGUCGAUGUCGUCAUUGACGACCGCAUCCCAACCUUCAACAACCAGCUGGUCUUCACUAAGUCCGCUGAGAGGAACGAGUUCUGGAGCGCCCUGCUGGAGAAGGCCUACGCCAAGCUGCACGGCUCCUACGAGGCCCUGAAGGGAGGAAACACCACCGAGGCCAUGGAGGAUUUCACCGGUGGAGUCACUGAGUUCUACGAGAUGAAGGAAGCUCCCAAAGAGCUCUACAAGAUCAUGAUGAAAGCUCUGGAGAGAGGCUCCCUCAUGGGCUGCUCCAUCGAUUCCCUGGUUCCAGCUCGCUUUGAGACUCGUACUGUGACGGGACUUGUGAAGGGUCACGCCUACUCUGUGACGGCAGUGGAGGAGUGUAAAUCGUCUCAGCACAAGGAGUCUAAAGUCCGUCUGGUGCGUCUCAGGAACCCGUGGGGUCAAGUGGAGUGGAACGGUCCCUGGAGUGACAACUCUAAGGAGUGGGCCACACUCUCCAAGACUGAAAAGGAGAAGCUGCAGCACCAGAGUGCCGAGGACGGAGAGUUCUGGAUGUCAUUCGAGGACUUCAAGAAGAACUACACUAAGAUCGAGAUCUGUAACCUCACCCCCGACGCCCUGGAGGACGACAAGAUCCACAAGUGGACGGUUUCAGUGAACGAGGGUCGCUGGGUGAGAGGCUGCUCUGCUGGGGGCUGCAGGAACUACCCAGACACUUUCUGGACCAACCCUCAGUACCGCCUCCGUUUGCUGGAGGAGGAUGACGACCCCGAGGACAACGAGGUGGGCUGCACCUUCGUGGUCGCUCUGAUGCAGAAGAACAGGCGGAAAGAGCGCAAGAUGGGAGCCAACCUCUUCACCAUCGGAUUCGCCAUUUAUGAGGUGCCAAAGGAGAUGCACGGUAACAAGCAGCACAUGCAGAAGGACUUCUUCCUGUUCAACUCCUCCAAAGCUCGCUGCAAGUCCUACAUCAACCUGCGCGAGGUGACCCAGCGUUUCCGCCUGACCCCCGGGGAGUACGUCAUCGUGCCCUCCACGUACGAGCCGCACCAGGAGGGGGAGUUCAUCCUGCGAGUCUUCUCUGAAAAGAGGAACACCUCAGAGGAGAUAGAGAACAGGAUCGAGGCCGAUCAUCCCGUGCCGGCGCCGGCCUCUGCGGGGGAAGAGAGCGAGGAGGACCAGCAGUUCAGGACUAUUUUUCAGGAGAUAGCCGGCGAUGACAUGGAAAUCACAGCCAACGAGCUGAAAAACGUUCUCAACAGAGUGAUCACCAAACAUAAGGACCUGAACACAGAGGGCUUCAGCCUGGAGAGCUGCAGGAGCAUGAUUGCUCUGAUGGACAUGGACGGGACCGGUAGACUCAACCUGCAGGAGUUCAGACAUCUGUGGAAUAAGAUCAAACAGUGGCAGGGAAUCUUUAAUCACUAUAACGCCGAACAGACCGGCAGCAUCAACAGCUACGAGAUGAGGAAUGCUGUCAACGAUGCAGGCUUCCGUCUCAACAACCAGCUGUACGACAUCAUCACCAUGCGCUACGCCAACGAGGGCAUGAACAUCGACUUCGACAGCUUCAUCAGCUGUCUGGUUCGGCUCGAAGCCAUGUUCAGGGCGUUCCAGGCCUUCGAUCAGGAUGGAGACGGUACAAUCAGACUCAGUGUCCUGGAGUGGCUCCAGUUGACCAUGUACGCCUAGAGAGGCCCCUCCUCCUCCAGGUGAGCUCCACUCCACAGGAGGACCAGACCUGCCAGCCG